CAGUACUAGAGCUACAGAACAAUUUACCUUUGGCACGAGUGGUAUAUGCAAGUGCCACAGGUGCAUCCGAGCCCAAGAAUAUGAUCUAUAUGAGUCGGUUGGGUAUCUGGGGAGAGGGCACGUCUUUUAGCACUUUUGAUGAGUUCUUGCACGCUAUUGAGAAAAGGGGUGUGGGUGCCAUGGAGAUAGUUGCCAUGGAUAUGAAAGUGAGCGGCAUGUACAUUGCAAGACAGCUGAGCUUCUCAGGUGUCAACUUCAGAAUUGAGGAAAUCCCCUUAGAUGAAUCUUAUAAACAGAUGUAUAACCGAGCAGCCCAGCUG